AUGGAUCUGGAUCAGAGCUCAACCCCGGCCGCGCCCCUGCCGACGUUGCCGUUUUCGCCGUGGAUCCCGCGCCCCGCCGCCGAGCUUCGUUGCCGGAUCAGCCGCCUCGCGUCCCCGUCCUCCUCCCCAACGGCCUCCACCGACCUCGUCGCCCCUCCGUCGCCCGGAACGCCGCCUCGACCACGCCUCCCCGCCGGACCGCCACACUGUCAUCCUCCCCUGCGUCGCGCCGUCCCCGUCCCCCUCCUCGACACCCGCUGCCGUUGCCCUACGAAUCACGGUGAGGCCCCAGGCCUCUUCCUUGCUCUGUCACCUGCUCUCACCGCGCCCUCACCGUCCUACCGUACCGGCUCACCCUGCCGCGGCUCCGCCGCCCUAGCCUCGCCGCGCUCCCUGGAGCUCCUCUGCACCGUCUCGUGGUCGCGCUCCCGCACGAUUCAUCAAAAAAACUCUCGCGACCUCACCCCCACCCCUCUGUGGACCUCCUCUCCCCACGAUAUCCUCCCCGCCGCCACCACCCACGCCCGCCAGUUCCUCGCCGGCCACGCCCUCCGCCGCGCCCUCCCCUCUCCAGCUUCCUCGCGCGCGAUCCUCCCCGCGGCCUCCAGCCGCCUCCUCUCCGUCACCGCCUCCACCCAGCAGAACACCGCCGACACCGCCAUCGACCUCUCCAACGACGAGAGCCGCCGCCGCCUCGUCAACAGUCUGAUGUACAGGAGCAAGCAGAGGGGCUUCCUGGAGCUGGACCUGGUGCUCGGGACCUGGGCGGAGCAGCACGUCCGCUCCAUGGACGAGGCCAACGUCCGCUCCCUGCUCCAGAUCCUCGACCUCAAGAGGCUGCUGAAGGGCACACUCAAGAACAGGGGACUGCUCCAGAACAAGAAGCAUGUGCAAGUCUGGUGUAGACAAACAAGACAUCUGGACGAGAAGAAAAAGAAGUGCAAGGCUGGUAAGGUCGAGACUCAUCUUGAAUUCCCUGGACGUGAAAAGGUUAAAUUUGGUGAAGUUGUCGAAACUCCACCAAAGUUAUCAUUCCCAAAGAGGUGAUCGACGCUGACAAGCGCGGCCCGGUGGCGCUGUGCUCUUCAACCACUCAGAGGCGGACUUCGCCGUGAAGCCCGGUGGCCACGUCGCACAGAUGAUCGUCCAGGUGAUUUCGACGCCGGAGGUCACCGAUGUGGAGGACCUCGACGCCACCGUCCGCGAGAGGGAGGAUUCGUGUCCACCGGCGUCUGAACUCCUAGCCUUAUAGAUACAUCUAGAGAGGUGGUCUGUUUAGGUUGGUGGUAGACCACUAGGGAAGGUACCCACCUUACGAUGAUGGUUGCGUGUGUCUGAUGUUAAAUGGAAUCUUGAGAUGGUUCUGUGAGUUGGUUUGGUUUGCA